GGGGCGGCCGGAAGUUUGCGCAGGGCACCGCGGGCCGGACCGCCGAGGGGCGCGCACCCGGAAGCCGCCGUUCGGCUGCCAGAGGUGCCAUGGCCGCGGCGCUGGGAACCUCGGUGCGCGCACUGCGCUCGCCGAGCCGGCUUCUGGGAACUUGGCAGACACAGAUUAGAGACACCCACCAGCGAGCGUCAUUGUUAUCCUUCUGGGAACUCAUUCCCAUGAGAGCAGAACCUCUGCGAAAGAAGAAGAAGGUAGAUCCUAAAAAAGACCAAGCAGUAAAGGACCGUUUGAAAAAGAGGAUCCGACGACUGGAAAAGGCUAGCCAGGAGCUAAUUCCCAUUGAAGAUUUUAUUACGCCUGUGAAGUUCUUGGAUGAAGCGCGACAUCGGCCUCACAUGGAGCUCCUCUUUGAGGAGGGUGAGCGGAGAGCUCUGCUUCUGAAGAAGUGGUCCCUCUAUAAGCAGCGAGAGCAUGAGAUGGAGAGGGACGCCACCAGAUCCAUGCUUGAGGCCCAGCAGGAAGCUCUGCAGGAGCUACGACUCACGUCCCCAGAGCUCCAUGAGGCGGCCACCAAGCGGGACCCCAGUCUGUUCCCCUUCGAGAGAAAAGGGCCAGAUUACACACCACCAGUCUCCAACUACCAGCCCCCUGAAGGCAGGUACCACGACAUCACCAAGGUGUACACACAGGUGGAGUUCAAGAGAUAGAGCUGCAGGCAGCUGUCCGCAGAACACACUGCCUGAGAACCAGGAUGACCAGGGCUCAAGCCUGCUUGCCACAGAAUCAGGCAUGCUGUGAAUAAAUAUAAAUUUAAUCAAG